ACACACUCUCAGGACAAACGCACACCUGUUACACUGAUUCAUUUUUUUAUUUAUUGAUCUGAUUUUGUUUGUUUGUUUUGUUGAUGGUUUGACUGUGAAUGUGUGUGUAUAUAUAUGUGUGUGUGUGUGCAGAGACAGCUGUCCUCUCUCAGCCUGUGCGGUCAUGUGUGUGCGUGUGUUCAAGUGUGUGUGAGUGUGUGUGAUCAGAUCAAUCAGGAGGACAUUUUAAAGCUCAGCGCUCCUCUUUCUGAUUCUUUAGUUUCUUUAUUUUUUAUUUUUGUUUUUAUUUUGAUCGCAGACGGGACGCCAUGAAGGACCGGCUGGCUCAGCUGAAGGAGGUAAACACUGUUUAUUUAUCUUUAUAUGUUUACCUGAUGAACACCUGUUGCUGCUAACAUACACACAGAGAGGCCUGCUGAUUGUCUGCUAUAUGUUAGUUAUCAUUUGGAGUGUGUGGGUGAGUGUGUGUGUAUAUAGCCGACAGUGUGCUAAAUAAGGUUGUUUCUGACAGACAGGGUCAAAUAUCAGGUCGGUGUGCGAACAUGUUCAUUAUCAGACAGAGUCAAAUAUUUAGUACGUGGACAAGGCUGUCAGGAUCAUUCGGUUCAGACUGGCUGAGCUGCCUUUGAUAUCUUUGAAGAGACUCAUAAUAAUCAUCAACUCACUUUGACCCUCUAUCAAGGAAAUCAGGUAUAUUGAACAGUAGUUUGAGUCAGAAGUGUGUCUGUGUGUUUGUGUGUGUGCGGUGGAGAUGACCCUGCGUGUCCUCACGAGAUGCUGUCACACACCCUGACGCUCUGGGUGUAACAGGUCAUGUGAUCAUGUGACCGUUACAGCGUAACAGUAAAUUACAGUCGCUUAAACAGACAGUUUAAUUCAAACUUAGCAGCUAAUUAAACAUGAAUACACUGAUUCAUAAACUGUAUGUGUGUGUGUUUAGACAGCAGUUAGCUGAAAGUCUAUCUAUCUAUCUAUCUAUCUAUCUAUCUAUCUAUCUAUCUGAUGCACUGAAGGAUUGUGAGAGUUCUAGUUUAGUUGUAGCUGAGCAAAUGAAACAUGAAGACAUACACUCAAAGGACACACUGGUUUAGUGAUAAACUCUUACUGUCUGCUCGUGAUUGUGCUGGGAUAUUUAUGCAUGUUUUCACAGUGAUGAUUUUCUCUUCUGAAAUCAGUGUAUCUAAACACAAAGUUUUUUUUUUUUAUCACUCUGACGUCCAUUUUUUUUAAAUUCAUUUAUUUAUCUAUUUUUAUUGAUCUUUUGGUCAGACACAUACUGAGAAAAACAUAUACAUUUAUCAGUUAAAAAAAACUGAAAUAUAUUGUGUCUUUUUCUCCUUUUUUUUUCAGUCUGUCACAUCUUUUUCUCUCAUACUUUAACUUUACAAACAAGAACACGUAUUCUAAACACAAAUAUGAGUCUGCAGUCCAGCAAAAACAUACAAACAAACCAGACUUACACCAAAAAAAUAAAAAUAAAAAUAAUAAUACUCUUAGGAAGUCUAUGUAGUAUACAUCCAUACAGUGGAAUACAGCAUCCUGCAUUAAAAACAUACAAAAAAGAAUUUAUUAUAUGCAGAGGUAGGCAGUGUCAAUCUCUCACAUCCCACAAUUGAGCUAGGAAUGGGCCCCAUAUUUCAUUAAACAGAUCCUCCCUACCAGCCGCUCUAUAAGAGAUCCGCUCUGACGUCCGUUUUUUUAAAACCCCUGCUCCAUAAGAAUUGACAUGCUCUGUGAAAUGUUGAUAUUAGUCAGGGAAAUCUAAUCUGACAUUCUUUUUGGAAAUCUAUCUCUAUGAGACUACCAGGUCUGUGCAGCAAAGAGCGGCGAUGCCAAUGACUCAUUUUCACAACAAGCUGCAGAAUUGUAUGAGAAAGCAGAGCUGUAAUAUCAUAGGACACAUCAUAUAUGAUUUUUCUGUGUGUGUGCGUGUGUGUGAUUUACAGAAGAGUGAUGGCGGGGAUGACAUUGUGGUUCCUGUGGAGAGCGAGGCGUUCAUGGAUGAUUUCUUUGCUCAGGUCAGUUUCUCUUCUGCUUUAAUGUUUUUUGAGUCACUGUCAGGCAUGUUAGCGCUUUUAAGUGAUUUUGAAAACUGAGAGCAGACAGGGAGUACAGGGUGGGAGAGGGGGACACAGGAUCAGGGAGGGAGUGGAACCUGCAGCACUCUGACCCCUGACAAUUGUUUCAGGCUGAAGAUAUCCGGACAAGCAUUGACAAGAUCGAUGAGAGCGUGGUAGAAAUCAAAAAGCUGUACUCCACCAUCCUGUCAGCCCCGACGUCUGACCAGAGUAACAUGCACACGCCUACACCACACACACACACACACACACACACACACACACACACACAUUAUUUAUAAGGAUCAACACUAGUAUAACAUGCUGUGUCUUUAGAGACCACAUCGCAGCAGUGGGAAGUUGUGCUUCAUGAUUUUAUGUCAUUAUGUCUAUCAUCAAAACAUAAUUUUGAAUGCAUGUUUUUAUUGUCUCUGUCAUAGAUAAAUAGAUAGAUCAAAUCUAAUCUGAUGUUUAUGUUGAUGUUCUGUCUGUCAGAGACUCAGGACGACCUGGAAGCUCUGACCAACGAGAUCAAGAAAUCUGCAAACAACGCAAGAAACAAACUCAAGAGUCAGUAACUCAGUCAGUGUGUGUGUAUGUGUGCGAGAGAGGGAGAGAGAGAAAAAGAGAGUUCAUGUUUACUGUUUAAAAACAUUUAGGUUGUUAUCACACACCUGGUGCAAAGUGUUUUGUUUGCAGUGUGAUUUUCAACCCUGCACUCUUGUCAUUUUUACGCCCAGCACCAUGUGAGCAUUCAUAGGUCUGUUUGGCCUAAAAUGAGGUGGUCAGAGAAGUGUCUGCGCUUUCUAUUCUGUGUUUCUUUAGAGAGUGCAUUACAGGAUCAAGCGUGCACAAACUAUUAAUACUGAGAAGCAUAGCAGACUCCACUCAUGCAGAAGUAUGAAAUAAUCAUUCCUGAAAUUGAGAUUUUUGGAGGUCAGUAUUUUUCAGUAAAUCUUAAUGGAGCUUUCAGUAUGUGGCUGAUUUUAGGGAGGACAGAAAACAAGGACACUGUCACUGCGUCACCUCUGACUUGGGUGCUCUGAUUUACUUUGCACAGUGAGCUUGUGUUUGACUGUGAAUUUGAGAUUAUCUAAAUAAAAUUCUUAAUGUUUCUAACCCAAAAUUUCCUCUUCCUACCUUUCUAUGUGUGUGUGUGUGUGUGUGUGUGUUUCAGGUAUUGAACGUCAGUUGGAGUCGAACACAGAUGAGAGAGCCUCAGCUGACCUUAGGAUACGAAAAUCACAGGUCUGCUAACUUUAUAAUUAUAAAACAGUCAAACUACUUUCCAAUUGGGUCAAAGCAGUCAAUCAAAGUGAUUGUGGCAAAUGGGAAUUCUGGGAUUUUUAGCAACUCAUUGAUGCAAAACAAAAACAAAAAACUGGAUUAUUUAAUGGCUGAAGCAGGUCUAACUUCAAUAGUCAGUGAAACACACACUGGAAUUGUAACUUGUUUUCAUCUGUGAUGUAACAUCAGAAAAAAAAGUACAAAGUUUUAGGGUUUCUGUGAGUGUCCUCUCAGUCUACCUCCCUCAUUAGACAAACAACCUCAUCCUGAGACCAGAGGUGUAAAAUACUGAUAUCACAUCAUUCUAUCUGUAUUGAAACAGCUGUAUGAGUCAGGUCAUCCCUUUUAAACCAUCUUUCUUGGUUAUAAAAUCUUACACCAUAUAGGGCUGUGAUGAGAUAGUUAAUCAAACAGCUUCAAGCUCUUCAACGGGAGCAGCAGGCUGUCUCUGUCACCAUAGCCAAGGAGGGUUAAUCACAGCAAAUGCUCAAAUCUCAUUAAAACUUUCUCAUUAAAAAAGUCAAUAUUUCAUCAAAGGUGCUCACUACAAGAUGAAUCUUGAAACGAUUACUUGUUUUACUCCUUGUCUCAGAGCCCUCAUGAGAGUUUCCUUGGUCUAUCAACUAUUGUACUGCUGAAGACCCUCCAGUUUCCAUUUGCUGCCAGUCAAUUCAGAUUGACUAUGUGCACCUAAAAGUGGGCAGAGCUACAACAGUUUUCCUUUAAAGGGGGCAGAGCCACAAAUGCUUUAACCAAUAAGGGAGCAGAGCCACAACUUCCACACAAAGCACCUGGAUGGAUUGCUUUAAUCCAGUGGUUCUCAAGUGCAGUCCUCGAGGCCCACUGUCCUGCAUGUUUCGGAUGUUUCCCUGCUCCAACACACCUGAUUCAAAUAAUCAGCUCGUUAUCAAGCUCUGUAAUGGCUUAAUAACGAGCUAAUCAUUUGAAUCAGGUGUGUUGGAGAAGGGAAACAUCCAAAACAUGCAGGACAGUGGGCCUCGAGGACUGGACUUGAGAACUACUGCUUUAAUCUAUUCUUCAGAGUUUAGGGGUCAGGGGUCACAGCAAUCGAUACUUUUAUUUUAUAGAUUUGCAAUUGUCGUUCUAAAGGUCGGCUGAUGUAAUGAAUGAGACUCAGUGAUUUAAUUUCAUGCAUAUUCUGUCUGUGACUGUGUUCAGACUGUCAUAAAACCCGUCACAUUGACAGCAGAUCAAAAAUAAAUUCAUGUUAGUACUGCCUCUCUCCACUAGGCGGCCAAAAAUUGCUCUUUAUUCACUCUUGUGUUUUGCCUCAUCCACUGCUUGACAGUACCUGUGUCCAAAUGAUCUUAGAGCACUUAGUUACUCUUACUGAUUUGUUUCCUCACCUCUAAAUCUUUGCAUGUGUUGUUCUUGUUCUCGUGUGUACAUCCUUUCAGAUAAAAGCGUCUGCUGAAUGAUAUUGACAUUGCGACAUCAUAACUAUGACUCCUGGUGAAUAUCUGUGUGUAGAUGUGUUCAGAGGCAGAGCAUGAACAUAUGUGUAACCUUGAAUGAACACUGAACCUUCAAUGUGAGGGUUACAACAAUUUCCUGUCACAGACAUCUCCUUUGACUAAGACUUCUUGUUGGAGCUUUAGUGGAGAACUUUUAUUUUGCAUAAACGUUGGUGCCCCCUGUGGACAAAGCAGACAUAAGACUGUUGACGGUCAGCAUGUCUCUUUUAUUGUGAGUCUUUGAUAAAAAUGUAAAACAGGCUGCUUCUUUGACUGCUCGGUUUAUACUCUGCUCUAACCUGUAAACCAACUCUGGCCUCAUUUAUAGGAUCAUACUGAUUUACAGGUUGAUUCAAUAUCACAUGUUAACCUUUUCAUUUACACCAUUUACACUACAUGUGUGUUUAUUUUCCCAGCAUGCCAUUCUGGCUAAGAAGUUUGUGGAGGUGAUGACAAAGUACAAUGAAGCUCAAGUCGACUUCAGAGACAAGAGCAAAGGACGCAUCGCCCGCCAGCUCGAGAUCAGUGCGAUAUUUUUAUAUCAUAUUCCCUAUUAUGCUGUUGAUUACUCCAUGCUAAUUAUAACAUUAAUAAUGUCAUACAUGACCCCAUCAGCCAGUGCAUGUUUCAGGCAUGUGAUGUGUCCAACAGUUGUGUGAUUCUGUGUUUUGUGUCCAUGGCAGCGGGUAAAAGUACGACUGAUGAUGAGCUGGAGGAGAUGUUGGAGGGUGGAAACGCCGCUGUGUUCACAGCGGGGGUGAGAAAACCAUGCUUGGCCAUGUUUGCAUUUUGUCUUUGCUCUAAUUUACAUUUAGGACUGAUUUUAGAUGACUAACAAACAUGAUUAAUAUCUAAAUUUAUUAACAUAAUAUGCAAGGUCCAAGCUUAUUGAAUGACUUGAUUGAUUAAUUUUGCUUCUGACCUGUUCCUUAAUGACUAAAAUGCCCUCUUUUCUCUGUUUUCACACACUCACAAACAUAGAUCACGGAGUCUAAGAUCAACCAGCAGGCUCUGAAUGAGAUCGAAGCUCGACACAAAGACAUCAUGAGGCUGGAGAGCAGCAUCAAGGAGCUGCAUGAUAUGUUUGUGGACAUCGCCAUGCUGGUUGAAAACCAGGUACACACUGUUGGAAAAUAUGUUGGCAACACACACACACACACACACACACACACACACACACAAAUACAACAUAGCCCAGAAUAUAAACUUAACGUGUUCAUGCUUGUUGGACAUGUGACUGAGAGUUAAACCAGACUGUUACUGAAAUCCUGAUUGUAAUGUUACAAACAGGUGAGUGUGAGUAAGUCCACUGUCUCAUCACUGAUUGGUUCAUACAGCUGAAUAUGUGAUCACAUUUAUGAAGAGGUCAUGUGACCUGAAGGCGUCACAGACUUUGGGCUCUAUUUUCGUGUAGGCCCGUGAGGCGGCGGAGGGCAACGAGCCCCGCACAGUUGUAUUUUCGUCUGGUGCAGCCCGGCGUACAGCCAGUUUGGUAUUUUCGUGGACUGAGGCGCACCGAGAUCCGCCAAGCUGGGCGUGGUGGCGUGGCAGGGGGAGGUGUCAACAGAAACAGCGGGCGCAGUGACAUUUUCGUGCUCACCACCGGCGUGUAGAGUGCACUGAAAGCUCGCCGAUUCAAACCUGGUCAGCUUUCAGCGCAAGCGAAACGCAGCUGGUCUAGGGGUAUUUUGGUAGACCGGCGGCGUAUCGGCAUACGUCACCGAUGCCUCACCGGCAGGUUUCCACAGUGUCAGGCACAUUUCAGUGCAAUAAAUAAUCAUCCACAACUAUUAAUCUGAGUCAGCACAUACAUUUAGAUCUAUAUCGAUAUAUUCUGAUCUAUAUCUGAUCUGAUGAGCGUGUUUGGCACGUGUUUGGACACACAACCUGACCGAAUCAACACAGCUGAAACCACAUUAAAUUAAAUUAAAUAUCUAGUAAAUAAACACACAUGAUGAAGUUAACAAGAUAUGUAAUUCGUCUCCCUCCUUUUCUUUCUUCCUCUUCCUCUUAUUUUUCGCACAGCUCGACCCCGACAUGUCUCCAUGUCCUCUCUCCUUCCUGCUGCAGCUGCGGCUGAACAGAUGAUUUGUUUCAGUGAUCAGAUGAGUUAUUUACUUUAAGCCUACAUACGGAUAUUAUAAUAUUCAGUUUUGUGGGCCAAAUUUAUUUUAUAUGCCAAUAUCUAUGAAAGAAAGAGCCAGGCCACAGAGCGCGAUGCGUCAUUUACGCACAGAUGGUUCCAAUUUUAAUGCCAUUUUCGGAGUCAAUGUUGUGAUCUGUGCGCACAACCCACCUUUGUCACGUGAGGUUUGAAUAUGUGCAACUUUAUGUGAGUGUCUUUAUUUGUGGAAAAGGAUGUUUGUCUUACCAGUGGGUCCAACUUUACACACACCAAAUCCAUCUGUGCUCAUAUGAGAGAGUGUGGAGGACGCCCAAUGCAGCGCUUACAGUGACACUUGUUGAGGAGCUGCCUUCUGUCGCCAUCUUGUGGCAUUACUGUCUUCAGACAUUGAUCUCUUUGACAACUUCACGACAAUGGUAAUACGCCUCGCCGGUGGCGGAUUUAAAGGCGAGGAGAGGAGCUUAUGUGAUUGGUGAAAACAGGUCUCAGCUGUGUUAAAUCCACUCCACGCCCUCUCUCCUCCCUCGCUACGACUUACGCCGUUGGGAGGAGCUGAGUUAGGGAGGGGGGAUACUUACGCCGGGCUGCGCUGCUCACCAAAAUACCAAAUUGUGCUUGGGAACGCCUUGUCGGCGGACCUGACUUACGCCGCGCCUGCGGCACGUCUCUGGCGAGGCACGAAAAUAGAGCCCCCUGUCUCAAUUCAGGGUCUGCACACAAGGUAGUGCACAUUUACAGUGUGCAUGACAUUAUCACGUGGUGCUAAGGGUGUCCAAUUUCACUCGCGAUUCUGAGGGCGUUCAAAAUGCAGGCCCAAAACCACCCUGUCCCUGCCCCUUUUACAAGGGUGCAUCCUUGCGCACUUUGUGGUCUUGGGUUCACCAUAAUUCCUUGCAUGGUGCUUUACAGUUGUGCAUUUCGAGUGAGAUGUCAGACUCGCUUGGAGGCACAGCGCCUCUUCAAAGAGUCAGCUCAGGCUCCAAAAGUGCAUGAUCUCUUAACUCACUAAUAUCUGCACCUGCAAACCAAAUAUUAUACUCUUUAGAAAAGAACUGAUCCUCUAUGCUACCACAAUUAAAAACAUUAGAAAUAAAAAGUCUGAUAAAACAUAUGCCAUCAUGGAGAAAUCGAUCUGUAAAGUCCUUUCCUCUUUUUGGUUGUUACUUUGUUGUUUGUUGUAUAUGGUAACCUCAGUGUGUUUAUCAGGCUGUAUUGUUUUGUGUGCAAAAACAGUUUGGGUCUCUGUAGCUCAUUUUUCUGUUCAUGACACCUGUACAGACUGAAUUUAUUGAGAACUCACCUGGUUUCCUGACUCCUCUUCCUCCAUCUCCUCUUUUCCUCUCUGUCUCUUCCCAAGGGAGGAAUGAUUGACAGGAUUGAGAGUAAUAUGGACCAAUCCGUGGGCUUCGUGGAGCGGGCAGUUGCUGACACCAAGAAGGCAGCAAAGUUCCAGCAAGAAGCACGCAGGGUAAGUCCAGACAGACACACACACACACACACACACACACACACACACACACACACACACACACACACACACACACAGGUGAACAUCUCACUUCGACAUAAGGAGAAGAAAUUUCGCUGUGAAUCAACAUCCAUAAUGAUGAUUUUAAUAAUGAUGAUGAAUGUGAUGAUGAUUACGAUAAUGAUGAAAGUGAGUAUGCUGAUGAUUAUGAUGAUGAUGAUAGUGAUGAUUGUGAUCAUGAUAAUGAUGAUGAGUGUGAUAAUGAUUAUGAUGAUUACGAUUACGAUGAUUAUGAUGAUGAUAGUGAUGAUCAUUUUGAUGAUUAAUGUGAUGAUUAUGAUAAUGAUGAAAGUGAUUAUGGUGUUGAUUGUAAUGUUGAUGAUGAAAGUGAUGAUGAUGAUGAUGAUGAUGAUGAUGAUGAUGAUGAUAGUUAUCAUGAUAAAGAUUAUGGUAGUGACGCUGCUUUACGAUGAUUAUGAUGAGUAUUAAUAUGAUGAUCAUAGUGAUGAUUGUGAUUAUAUUAAUGAUGAUAAAUGCUUAAAUGAUUAUGAUGAUGAUGAUUACGAUGAUGAUGAUAGUGUCGAUGAUGAUUAUGAUGAUAAUGAUGAUUAUAAUGAUGAUGAUGAACGUGAUGAUGAUUAUAAUAAUGAUGAUAGUGAUUAUGCUGAUGAUUAUGAUGAUGAUUAUGAUGAUAGUGAUGGUGAUUGCAUUUCUUUUCUUUCUGGCUCUCUCUACAGAAACAAAUGAUGAUUUUCUGCUGCUGUGUCAUUCUGGCGCUUAUCCUCGGCUCCUUCCUGUACAGCUUUAUCAAAUAAACAGCUGGACAAACCUGAGGACACCUGGAAAAACUAGAGGUCACCUGGACGCACCUCUUGUGAUAGUUAGUAGACAUAGUUUGAUUGACAAGUGAUGAAGACUAAAUUUGAUGGACAGGUGAUGUAGCCUUUGCUUGGUUGGCAAGUUACAUAGACUCAGUUUCAUUGACAGGUGAUGUAGACACAGUUUGAUUGACAGGUAGUAGUUAGUAGGCUGUGUUUCCCCCGUUGCUUCAUUCAACACACAUAUUUUGCCUUGGGGGUGUUCAACAGUUUUAGAUCUUUGUUGUUUUUGUUUGUAACAGACAUUUUUAUUGCGUGUGUGCAAGUAUGUGUGUGUGUUUGUGUGUGUGUGUGUGUGUGUGUGUGUGUGUGUGUGUAUGUGUGUGUGUGUUCCCCCUCCUUUUUUAAAGACUCCAGCUGUUUCCAAAGAGCUUGUUCUUGUUACUCAUUGUGGUUCCUCAGUUUUCUGUCCUCACCAAUUGCUUUUCACACUCAGACACACGCAAAUACAUACAUAAACUCACUUACUUAAGUAUGGACACAAUUUGAAACCUUUUAACACACUGUACUAGUGCACUAGCCCCAGAAAUGUUGGUUUAUGUAAUUUGGGACAACUCCAGCUGAAAUGUGAGAUUCUGGUUUAAGGCUUAGAAGUACUUGAAUUUGUACUGACCAAACAGAUUUGGAAAACUAUCCAUGUUGUAUGCGUACCUUUUUAAAGAUCAUAAGAUAAUAAAUAUGCCAUAAUUUUAAAUAUUUCACUGAAUAGACAGACAUAAAAAUUCAAACACUAAUCCUACAUUAACGUAAGGUUAAAGUGUGAGACUUCCUUCUUUUCCUCAUUAAAGCUCUAUAAGUGAAAUUUUGGUUUACCACAAAUCUCAGUUUUGGAGUCACAGUUCAGUUUAUCUUCCUUGCUGUUUGUUUGGAACUCAACAAGCUUUCCUUUUCCAGCAAAAAUUAUUAAGCUUUGCA